CGUGAAGCGCGUGGAGUUCAUUCAGUGCGCAGCAGAGCGCGCGGGCGGCGAGUCUCCGCUUCCUGCGCGGUUUGGGAAAUCUUCGGUGUUCCGUGCCUCACGAGAGGACUAGCGGGGAGCAGUGCUCGGUGUGCGCGUGCUGGGUGAAGAAGAUGCGCUGUUGUUGCGUCACAGAAGAGCAGCCGUUUGAUCUGGAAUGAGCGUCUCGCGCACGGUUUCUGUUCUCCGGCCGGACUCUUCAGGCGGGUCCCCAGAGCGCGGGAUUAACCAGCACGGACACGCACUCGCUCCCGUGGGAUGUUCUCCGGUUCUGACGGGCGCAGCGCUUUGGGUCGGGUGGUCCGGUAGCGGGGGGCGAUGAGAGGGGCGCUGCUCUGCCUGCUGGCCUGCUGCCUUUCUCUCAUACCCACCAGCACCGCCGCCGCUGCUGCUGAGGCAGAGUCGAUUCCCCGGGAGCUGAUAGAGAGACUCUCCAGCAGUGAGAUCCGCAGCAUUAGCGACCUCCAGCGGCUCUUGGAGUCACACUCCCUGGGUGCAGAAAAUGAGGCAGUACAGGAGACGAAAUGGCGCUACCAUAAAGAGGGUUUCUACGACAGCAGCAGCCUCAAGAACUCACAAACACACCCCAGACGCAAGAGGAGCAUCGAGGAGGCGGUCCCAGCAGUGUGUAAGACUCGUACAGUGGUGUAUGAAAUUCCUCGUAGUCAGGUGGACUCCACAGCGGCGAACUUCCUCAUCUGGCCUCCGUGUGUGGAGGUGACCCGCUGCUCAGGCUGCUGCAACACCAGCAACAUGCGCUGCCACCCAGUCAAAAAGUCACACAGGACUGUCAAGGUGGCGAAGGUGGAGUACGUGCGGCGGAGACCGAGGCUGCGGGAGGUGCAGGUGCGGCUGGAGGAUCAUCUGGAGUGUGUGUGCAUGUCCAAACACCACACAGAGUCUCGCUUACACACAGAUAUAAGGUGAGAGGAUUACUGGAUUAAAGGGAGAGAGAAGGUGAUGAAGAGGACCCAACACCGUGUCCAAUCAGAAUCUGCCAGAAAAAAGUGAUCCAUAACUGACUCUGCGGUCACGGACUGAUUGACCUGGACUGAGCUGAAGUGGAAAACGAUUGGAAAGGAGGAUUUUUUGGACAUGUUGUAUACCAUGGACAGAGAAAAUGGAUACAAAGGACAGAAAUCUGCCUGGAUUCAGUGGAGAGAGACAGCUUCUAAAUGGACUUGUGAUGAAUAGUUAUGAUGGACAGUCAGAUCUGGUCAGAUCUUGUCUCUAUCAGAAAUAAUCAAGCCUUUAAUGCAAAGAUUCUCUUCUAAAACAAGACUUCUUUCUUACAGCAAACCUUUUUUCAAUAUAUACUUUUAUUUUUGUAGUCUCAUUUUCUAUCAUAACGGAUAUGUUCUGGUAUGUACAAUAGUUCAGGCAAAGCCAAAUGCUCACAGUAACCGCUACUAAUAAACUAUUUAUAAAUGCGCUGA